CUCUCUCUCUUCUAGGGUUUCUUCUCCUCCAUGCUGCCUUAAUCUUUGACAUCGAUUUCAGGAGAUGGGUUCGAUUCCGAUCCCCGAUCCCGGUGAGUCAACUCAGACGCCGAGCUUCGAUGAAUUUCAACGACAGACAUCACUCAUGACCAGCUGCACUCUUCUCUGGAAAGAGCUAUCCGAUCACUUUACUUCUCUCGAGCAAACCCUCCUAAAGAAAUCUGAUGCAAUCAAGGAAAAGAUCAAGAUCCUAGACACCGAAACUAAAGCCUCUCUCUUUUCUCUCGAGGAGCGCGAAACUACAAUCGAAAACUCCGUCUCCAUCGCUCUUCAAAAAGUUGAAGCUGCCGUGCAAGCCGCUGCGGCUGCAGCCGGGACCAGCCGAUGCGAUGACGGUGAAGAUAAUCCCGAAGUUGACGAUUCUGAGGGUUUACUGUUGAGGUUGAAGUCGUUUUGUGUCAAGAUGGAUUCGUUAGGGUUUUGGGGGUUUGUAGCUAGCAGGAAGAAGGAAAUGGACGAGAUGCGAGCUCAAAUUCCGUUGGCUCUAGCCGAGUGCGCAGAUCCCGCUAGGUUUGUGUUGGAGGCGAUUUCGGAGGUUUUUCCUGUGGACAAGAGGACGGAGUGCGUCAAUGAUUUGAGUUGGGCUUGUGUUUUGAUACUGGAGAGUUUGAUUCCCGUGAUGGUGGAUCCUAUACUGGGGAACUCUCGGGUUUUGGUGACGCCCAGUGUGAAGAAGAGCGCCAAGGAGAUUGCUGAGACGUGGAAGGAAAGUUUGGACCAGCGCGGUGGCAUUGAGAACAUGAAGGCUCCUGACGUCCAUACCUUCUUUCAGCAUUUGGUAACUUUUGGAAUUGUGAAGGAUGAGGAUCUUGACUUGUAUAGGAAGCUUGUUGUUGGUUCAGCUUGGCGUAAACAGAUGCCUAAACUUGCUGUCUCUAUUGGGCUCGGUGAUAAAAUGCCCGAUAUGAUUGAAGAAUUAAUUAGUAGGGGACAACAGGUUGAUGCUGUGCAUUUUACUCAAGAAGCUGGCCUUGUAGACAGGUUUUCCCCCGUUUGCUUGCUAAAAGCUUUUCUAAAGGAUGCUAAAAAGGCUGCAACAUCUAUUCUGGAAGAUCCCAACAAUUCUGGCCGUGCUGUGCAUUUGGCUGCACGCAAAGAACAGUCUGCCCUUAGAGCUGUCAUCAAGUGCAUUGAAGAAUACAAACUUGAAGCCGAGUUCCCUCCUGAGAACCUGAAGAAGCGACUGGAACAGCUGGAGAAGGUGAAGAUGGAGAAGAAGAGACCAGCUGCAGUUGGUCCCGCAAACAAAAGAACACGAGCCAGCAAUGUGGGGCCCAUGCCACCUGCAAAGGCAGGCCGUAUCACAAACGCGUAUGUUUCCUCGUUUCCAGCACCACCGACGUUUGUAAGGUCUCCGUCACACACCCAGUACCCUGCUGCUGGCUACUCCGUCCCACCCCCAAUUUAUGGGCAUGGAAGCAGGAGUCCACCAACCAACCCUUAUGGCGCCUACUCACCUGAAGCUGCAGCACCUCUUUCUCCCCCACUAUCAUACCCGGGUACUCCUCCAAUGAACUAUCCUCCUGCUGCUUAUGGAGGGUAUGGCAAUGCUUACCAGCAAGCUUACUACCGAUAGAAGAUGACAGAUGGAUGUUGGAUAAUGUUGACCCUCCCUAAUCCUUUCAGAAUGCUGCUGCUUUUCUCUUCCCUUUCUCUAAUAUGGUUUGUAAUCACUAACCUUUUAUUGGUAGCUGAUGUGUGUGUUGACGUAAAACCUUUGGUUGUAUUUCUAAUGUUUGUUUAAAUUGGUAGUAGUAUUAGAGUCUAAUUAAAGCCCCUUCAUUC